AUGGCGCCCAGGGAUAAGGCCUCUGCCGUUAAGGUUAACGCCAACGCUAACGGGAACGCCGGCCUCAAGGAGGUGCAUUUUCGGGGAGUCAGGAAGAGGCCCUGGGGAAGAUAUGCCGCCGAGAUCAGAGAUCCCGGCAAGAAGAGCCGCGUUUGGCUCGGCACCUUCGACACCGCCGAGGAGGCCGCUCGUGCGUACGACACCGCCGCUCGCGAGUUUCGCGGCCCCAAGGCCAAGACCAAUUUCCCUCUUCCAUCCGAUAACAAUGUCAAGAACGCUAGCCCUAGCCAGAGCAGUACCGUCGAAUCCUCCAGCCGCGACCGCGACCUCGCCGCCGAUUCCUCCCCGCUCGACCUCAACCUCGUCCCCACCGCCGUCUCCACCGCCCGUUUUCCCUUCCAGCACCAGUUCCCCGUUUUUCCGGCGGCCGCCAACCAGGUUUUGUACCUCGACGCUGUCCUACGCGCCGGUAUGGGCGGUCCACGUGGCUUUGGGUUUGGCUACAAUCAGCAUCCCGUUGCCGCGAGUGAGCUCCACGCGACGGCGAGCGACUCGGACUCGUCCUCCGUGAUCGAUCUGAAUCACAACGAAGGCGAUGUCAAGGGGAACGGCUCUAGAAUCUUCGAUCUCGACCUUAACCAUCCUCCUCCGCAGGAGAUGGCUUGA